AAGCAAAAUCACUCCUGAAUAGGAAUAAGAACACAAUGUUAAUAUUUUCCACCUCAGCUUCAGAGAGGACCGCUCUGCACGUUGCGGUGAUUGCAGGGCAUGAACGCAUUGUGAAUAAUUUGGUGAACAGAGGGAAAAAGAAAUUAGCAGAAAUGCGAGACAAGGACGGUUACACAGCUCUUGCUCUCGCUGCAGAAUUAACCAGAAACACAGAGAUAGCAAGGAUAAUGGUAGAAAUGAAGGGUGGAGGAGGAGAGAAGCUACUAACGAUGAUGACCCGUAAAGAUGAAAUCCCUGUUCUUCUUGCUGCUUCCAAAGGCCACAAAAAAAUGACUCGCUAUCUUUUCCGAAAAACUCCACUCCAUGCCUUGGUUGGAGAUAAUUUACCAAGGGCCACUUUGCUUCUUACACGCUGUAUCACCGCCCAAAUUUUUGAUGUGGCUUUGAUGUUAAUCCUUCAAAUCCAGCAGCUGCCUCUUAACGCCAAUCAAGCGAGGCUAGACGUUGGACCCUUAUAUGCUUUGGCUGACAUGCCUUCUGUAUUUCCAAGUGGCUGCGAAUAUGGACUUGUAAAAAGACUCGUUUACAAAUUUUUAAUAUUGGAAACAAUAGAAGUGGAACCGCAAGACCUUAACGGGAAAACAAUUCGGAUUGUGCUAAGUGCUGCUCAUGACACUUCCUUCUUAGGUCGAAUACUCAUAUGGGUUCAACUGUUAUUUCAGAAUUAUAUACUUCGGCACAUUCCUGGUACGUAAACAGGAAGUGAAGUUCCUCGUACAUGCAUCCUAUUAAUCAAAUACAUACACGUUAAUAGAUUCUAGCCAGCCAGUUAUUUCUCUUUGUAUUGUUUUCUUAUUUAAUGACUUCAGCACUGAGUCCCUCCAAUUCUCCCAGCAAUUCGGGAUAUACAUAAAAAGAAAAUGACCCAUUGUCUAGUCGCUGAAAUAUUGACUCGCUUUUGCCAAAGAAUUUUGAAUUAUAAUCCAUUUGAGCUCCGAGAGGCUUCGGCAUAUGAUGCCAUGUUGCAGGCAGCAAAGCAUGGAGUUAUUGAGUUCAUAAAAGCAAUGAUGGAGGCUCAACCUCACCUCUUAUGGGGUGCCACUGAUAAAAAUAAAAGGGGUGUAUUUUCACAUGCAAUUCUGAAUCGAAGAAAAGAGGUCUUAGAACUCAUAGAGGGUGUACAUGGACGGAAGGAUAUGAUUAAACGUAGCGAAGACGAAUUUGGGAAUACCCUUUUGCACCUGGCAGGAUAUUCAGGGCCUUCUACUGAUAUUCAUAGCAAAUCCGGUGCUUUUGUGCAAAUGCAAAGAGAGAAUCAGUGGUUCAAGAAGGUGAAGGGAAUUGUACAUCCCAAGGGAGUUAUGGAAGCCAAAAAUAAAGAUGGUAAGAAGCCUUGUGAGAUAUUUACUGAAAGCCACAAGGAGAUGGUGAAAGAUGCUGAAAAAUGGGCAAAAAAUACAGCAAGUUCUUUUACUCUUGUGGGUACUCUCAUCACAACAAUCAUGUUUGCAGCAGCUUUCACUGUUCCAGGUGGAAACAACCAAAACACUGGAAUUCCCAUGUUUGUGGGCGACACGAUAUUUACUUUGUUUAUCAUAGCAGAUGCAAUAUCUCUAUUCACUUCUGCCACUUCAGUCCUUAUUUUCAUUGGGAUUCUCACUUCACGUUAUGCUGAGAAAGAUUUCUACAAGACCUUGCCAUUGAAGUUACUUUGUGCCCUUGUCUUCCUUUUCUUCUCUGUGGUGUCCAUGACGGUUACCUUUUGUGCUGCAGUUGGUAUGAUGCUGAAGGGUUAUCACCGAAUCAUAAUAGCAGCCAUGUCACUUGCAAGUAUUCCCGUUAUUGUUCUUGUACCAGCACAACUACGUCUUAUCUUUGAGAUUUUCAGUUCUAUAAUUGGAUCAGGUUAAUUAAUGUGUUCAUCAAUUAUCCUGAUUUUGUAUAUAUAUGGCCUUUGUCAAGUGAUAGCAAGGGCUAACUCUCUCGACUGUUUGUGUUGGACUUGAAUAACUUUUAUGCUAUGCUAUGUAUGAUAAAGUAAUUCAAAAUUGUUAGAC